AUGGUUUAUAAUGUUAUCUCUUUCUUUCGCAAGAGUUAUAAUAGGAUAACAUCUUCUAAAUGGACAAAACUAUUUGUUAUAGUGUCGAUUCUACAACUCGUUGUGAUAGUUGCAUUAGAGACAAAUGUACUUUUGCGUAAUCUUAGAUUCGAAAAAACAUUGGAGGAUAUACCUUCUUUAGGUGGCUGUGACUUAGAACCUUCAAUUGAUCGAAUAAAAUUUAUUGAAGAAGAAAAUGCUAUUUUCAUGAUGUUUCAAUUAUUUCAACUUUGGUUCUAUUUACGGGAAGCUUGUCCAAGUGACAAUCAUUUGUUGGAGCCUGCAUUUACUAGACAUGAUUUCCCGUUGAUAGCAAUGUUAGUAGCAUUUGCUUCUAUAAUGGCAUUUAUUUGUUGGAAAUUAUAUUUGGAAUUUGGCUGGGAUAUUUAUAAAAAAAUAGGAGCCGAUACAAUGUUGAUUUUCGUGAUGCUUAUUAAGCUUUCUGUAUUCUUUGUAUUUAUAUCUGCAAUUGAGGUAUUCUUGGUAUUCAGUGAGGAGAGAGAUGGAGAUUCUGCCCCUGAGGAAUUGUCAAUUCCAAAAAGACUUUAUUAUUUCCAUAUGGGUUUGAUCAGAGAAUGGAAGAUAGGAAUGGUUAUCUAUCUUAGUUUAUCAACAAUUGCACUUGUUGAUUUUAUAUUAAUAUUGAAGGCUACAUUACAACAUUUAGCUAGCAGUUGGUACUUUUUCAUAGUGUUUAUAAAUGAGCAAACUACAAAAAAGGAUAAUGAAUCAAAUCAACCAAUUCGUGAUAUAAGGCUUACCAUUGAAGAUUGA